UAAAAAAAAUUGUUGUAUACUACAGUUCAUUAUAUUUUGUAUCUUUAAUUCUGUUAUGACAAUCUGACUGUUUUGUGAAGUACUUAUGUUGCAGAUAAUAUGCUGCCAUUGGGUGCCAACUCCGGAAGUGAUCAGACUCCAGAUUAUGGGGAGUGAAAGAAGACUUUUGAUCCUGUUUGGUAGUCAGACUGGGACAGCACAAGAUGUUGCUGAAAAAUUAUCAAGGGAGGCAAGACGAAGGCAUUUUCUGACAAAAGUUGUGGCCCUUGAUUCUUAUGAUAUUGCUGAUUUGAUCACUGAAAAGCUGGUAGUAUUUGUUUGCUCAACAACGGGACAGGGGGAUCCACCUGAUAACAUGACUACGUUUUGGCGUUUUAUCAUGAGAAGGAAUCUACCACAGGAUUCUCUGGGCAAACUUUCCCACGCUGUUCUCGGACUUGGCGAUUCUUCCUAUCAAAAGUUUAACUUCGUUGCUAAAAAAUUGCACAAGAGGUUACUACAACUGGGUAGUACAAGCUUGAUGAAUGUGGGUCUGGCUGAUGAUUCGCAUGAUCUCGGGGCAGAUGCAGUUGUUUAUCCGUGGAUGGACAACUUUCUCCAGAAAUUGUUGUCAAUGUACCCGUUAGCUGUUGGGCAGGAAGUCAUCCCAUCACAUUUCAGACCUCGUCCAAGGUUCAAGGUGAUUUUUGUCGAUGGAAAUGACAGGACAUCUCCAAAUGGCAGUAUUACUACAAAUGGUAACAUUAAAAGUGGCUUGGACACAAGGGUACCAACAUGGUUCCCAGCUCAACCAUUUCCAGCAAAAUUGAUCUCAAAUGACAGAGUUACUGCCCCUGAUCAUUUUCAGGAUACCAGACUUGUGCGUCUUGAUAUUACUGGUUCAAAUAUAAGUUAUGAUCCAGGAGAUGUGGCUGUUGUAUAUCCAAAAAAUAUGCCAGAUACUGUGGAUGAUUUUUUAUCAUACAUGAAUUUGGACCCAGAUCAAGAAUUCAUUCUACAUCAGAUUGAUCCAGAAGCAAGUUUACCCAGAAUACCACAGCCAUGUACUAUUAGAUACAUUGUUGAAAACUACUACGAUAUCAACUGUGUACCUCGGCGAUCAUUUUUUGAAAUGCUGCUGUACUUUGCUGAGGAAGAGAGAGAACAAGAAAAACUUGAGGAAUUCACAUCUUCAGAAGGACAGGAUGAAUUGUUUUCAUACUGCAACAGAGUGAGGAGGACCUUGCUUGAGGUUCUCCAUGAUUUCCCCAACGCAAGUGCCAGCAUUCCAAUGGAGUACUUCUUUGAUGUGAUACCUGUACUUCAACCCAGAUCAUUCUCUAUAGCUUCUUCUUUGAAGGCACAUCCAGGGGAAAUCCAGCUGCUAGUGGCUGUUGUUAAGUACCAGACAAGGAUAAAGGCUCCGAGGAGAGGUGUAUGUUCUACAUGGCUUGCUGAACUUGAUCCUGCACUAGGGCCACAUGUUCCUGUGUGGGUUAAAAAGGGGACAAUAAAAUUCCCUACUGACCAUAAGACACCUGUAAUUAUGGUUGGUCCAGGUACUGGGGUUGCUCCUUUUAGAAGUUUUAUAGAAGAUAGAGUAUCAGAAAAUAUUUCUGGAUCAGAACUUUAUUUUGGCUGCAGAUACAGUAUGAAGGAUUUCUACUUCCAAUCACAGUGGAAAGAGUAUAAAGAUCAGGGAUUGUUACAGUUACAUACAGCUUUUUCUAGGGAUAAUGAGGAUGCUGAUAGAUAUUAUGUCCAGCAUGCUAUAAGAGACAGUAGAGAAGCUUUGUGGAACCUCCUUAAACAAAAUGCCUGCUUCUUCAUAGCUGGAAAUGCGAAGAAUAUGCCCGAUGCAGUGAGAGACUCGGUCAAAAAUGUGAUAAUGCAAUAUGGACAUUUAUCAGAGGAUGAAGCUCAGAACUUUAUAAAGAAAAUGGACCAAGAUAAACGAUACCAAGCUGAGACUUGGUCUUGAUACAGGCUAAACUUCCAGAACUGAACCUUGGUGCUAGUUACUUGUACUUGGCGGAGAAGUGUGUUUUAAAUGUCGUUUUGGUUAUUAUUUCCUGGGUCUAAAUAGAAAUUAUCUUACACCCAGUUUUUACAGGAUGAUUUUCUAUGUUUAAAUUAUUCAAAAAUCAUGUAUUAUUACAGUAUAUCUAGUUAAUUUUAUUUUCGAAGAAAUGAAAUUUUGAAAGAUUAAAUUAUUUAAACUGA